AUGGCUCCCCAUAUCGAUGAGAUUCCAGCACCUGCAUAUGCUCCUAGGACUGUUGCCGGUCCAGCUAUGACCAUUGGCGAUCAGGAGCCAUUCGCCAGAUUCAUUAAGAUUGAGCCGCCGAAGUUCAUUGGUACUCCAGCUGAGGAUGCCUAUGAGUUUAUCGUUGAUAGUCAUGAGAGGUUGUACAAGAUGGGUCUUUCUGAUUCAUAUGGAUUUCAUCAGGCAUUUUUAGAGAAGUACGUCCCCUGUACUCUGAGAGAUCUGAGCAGAGAUGAUUCAAACAAUUUGGGGCAGAGGGGUAUGUCUGUUCCUGAGUACGAGGCCCUAUUCCUUUCCUUGGCUCGUUAUGCUGUUCAAUUGAUUCCCAUCGAGGCUAAGAGGCUUGUGCCUAUAGGGUCUUCAUUCCAGUCAAUGGUGGAUCAUGCUAUGAGUGUUAAGUCUGCUGGGCUCCGAGCUCACAGUGAGGGUAGUGACAAGAGUGCCUAUCAGGGUAGACUUCUAAGGGAUUAUAUUCUCGACCUGCUGACCAUGGUAGUUAUACCAGUUCUUCAGCAUCCGUGUCACAGACUCGGGAGAGAGUGUCCCAGGCCUAGAAAAAGUAGGGCACAGCAAGUUUCCAGGUUUCGGACUCCUAAGACUCCAACACCUUCAAUUAUUUGGGGUGGAUACUCUAGUAAGGGCGGUGCUCAGACAGGCCAUGGUGGUUUUCAGUCUGCUAGAGGUAUGAAUGGGUUAUCUCUGUACCAUGUGACCUUAGACUGUCAUGCCAAGACAAUCACGUUAGCUAUGCCCGGCAUUCUGCUUUUGGAGUGGAAGGGUAUUCCCAACCCUAUUCCUAAGAAGAUCAUUUUGUACCUCCAAGCGGAGAAGUUAGUGGAUAGAGGAUGCUUAGCCUAUUUAGCCCAUAUUCGAGAUACGAGGGUGGAUACUGCCUCCUUGGAGUCAGUUCCCGUUGUGAGCGAUAAGGAAGAGCAUGAGAAGCACUCGAGGAUCAUGCUUGGUCUACUGAAGGAAAAGAAGUUGUAUACUAAGUUCUCUAAGUGUGAGUUUUGGCCCGAUUUUGUGGCAUUUCAAGUCCAUGUUGUGUGCAAGGACGCGAUUAUGGUUGAUCCUAAGAAGAUGGAGGCUGUUAGAAAUUUGGCGAGGCCUACUUCAGUUAGUGAGAUUCGUAGUUUCGUGGGCCUUGCGAGUUAUUAUUGUCGAUUUGUGAAAGGGUUUUCAUCGAUUGCUUUGCAUUUGACUUAA